AUGGGAAAUGCCUCGGAAACUGGCCGGUUUGUUUCCACAAUCCCCAAGGAGCAUGAUGUCUUCAUGGGCGCCCUUUACACGACUUUCUGUGUGCUGUCUCUGCUGGGGAACUGCAUUCUGCUCCUUGUAGCGUAUCGGAAGAGAUCGUCCCUGAAACCAGCAGAGUACUUCAUUGUGAACUUGUCCAUCAGUGACCUUGGAAUGACUGUGACUCUUUUUCCUCUAGCUAUUCCCUCAGCAUUCGCACACAAGUGGUUGUUUGGAGAGCAGACGUGUUUGUACUACGCUGUAUGUGGGGUUCUCUUUGGGUUAUCCAGCUUGACCAACCUCACUGCGUUAUCUUCAGUGUGCUGUCUGAAAGUCUGCUUCCCUAUCUACGGUAACAAAUUCUCCUCCUCCCAUGCUUGUCUGAUGAUAGUGGGCGUGUGGUGCUUUGCCUCAGUGUUUGCUGUGGGACCCCUGGCACGCUGGGGCCGCUAUGGCCCUGAGCCUUACGGGACAGCAUGCUGCAUAGACUGGUAUGCACCCAAACACGAUGCACUAGCCAUGUCCUACAUCAUCUGCCUCUUCCUCUUCUGCUAUGUGGUCCCCUGUACUAUCAUCUUCCUCUCCUACACCUUCAUCCUCUUCACUGUACGCGGAUCACGGCAGGCGGUGCAGCAGCACGUGUCACCACAGACAAAGACAGCAAACGCACAUUCUCUUAUUGUCAAGCUCUCUGUGGCAGUAUGUAUUGGUUUUCUGAGUGCCUGGACCCCUUACACCAUUGUUGCAAUGUGGGCAGCAUUUAGCACGUCACUGCACGUCCCACCCAUUGCCUUUGCCCUUGCAGCAAUUUUUGCUAAAUCCUCCACCAUCUACAACCCCGUGGUCUACCUGCUGUUCAAACCCAACUUCCGCAAGUCUCUGACCAAUGACACAGCUGAAAUCCGCAGAAGAAUAUGCUCUAGCCCCUGCAAGGGAAGCCCUCUUCCUGAAGAGAAGGACCUGCAAACAUCGCAACGCUGCAACAACAAGGACAUUAGCAACUCCACUCGCCUUUCCAACGGUCUACCAGACAGCCAUGGGGCGUGUCUUCACUGUGCAGAGUCUCACAGCCAACAGGCAACAUCUCAAAGGACCGCCCGCGUGCUUGCUGGCUCCACCCACAGUGAACUGACUGUGAGCCAGAUGUCAGAAAAAAUGCAAGCCGGCUUCAUAUAA